AUGUCCGACAACGCAGAUUGGAAUGAGGAGAACACUAAGCUUUUGUGUGAGUUGUUUGCUGAACAAGUGACGGCACACAAUCAUAGUGGCACUCACCUUAACAAGAGUGGCUACAAGAAUGUGAUGGAAAAAUUUAAGGACAAGAUCGAGUUGAAUUAUUCCAAAAUGCAGUUCAAAAAUAAAUGGGAUAAGAUGAGAAGAGAGUAUGCCAAUUGGAAAAGAUUGGUUAAGAAAACCGGAUUAGGAUGGGACAAUGAGAAGAAAACCUAUAAAGCACCGGAUAGUAGGUGGAAGCAGCUGAAUAAGGAUUAUCCAGGAAUUAGCAAAUUCAAAGAUGGACCCCUUCAGUUUGAAGAAUUGAAGACUAUCAUGUUUGAAGAUAUUCGGAACUCAGGAGAUGACCAUUGGGCUCCUUCAAGUGGUGCUGCACCUAAUAAUCAACAAGAUGCCGAAGCUGAUGAAGCGGAAGACAAGGAUGAAGAUUAUGAGGCUAAUGAAGCAAGUGAUGACUGUGAAGAAUACUCCCCUGAACCUUCAAAAGGAAAGCGUCCUGCUCCUUCUAACCUGAAAGAUAAGGGUAAAAAACCAAAAAGUUCAGGAGGACAUUGGGUGCAAAAAGAAUUGAGCAAGCUCGUUGCUUUGAGUGAGAGGAGCACUGCAUCAUGUGAGUCUUUGGCAAGGAAGGAUGAAAGUUCUGAUUAUUCCAUCAGAGAUGUCAUGACUUUGAUGUCUUCUUCUGAGAGUGAAAGAGACUCGAGUGACUCAGAAGAUCAUGAUCUGAGAGUCAUGGAGGCUAUUAAAGAGAAUCAAAGCACUAUCUAUCUUGCUGCAUCAUUUUUAUCUUGGUACUAUGCAUCUUAUAUUGACAAGAAUGAGCGUAAAACACCAACAUAUCCUGGUUUGGCUUGGGUUAUGGAUGCUCUAGAUGAUCCAAAAUAA